AUAGUGGACCGUUAUCUCCAUCUCUGAGUAGGACCUUGAUCGGAUAAAUAUACAGCGGUAGUCAACGGUCACUCACAAUCGCAAGGAUACAGCACACAGACUGCAGAACCAACAUGUCCCAGUUCAUACAUGUGGCUGCUUUUAUUCUUCUGCUUUCCACAAAAUCGACAGCGCAACCGAGAGGGGACUAUAUCCCAUCACAAGAACAAUGUAACCCCAGCGAUGGUUUUGGGAAAUACUGCCCAACCACAUGUGGAGUCGCUGAUUACCUGCACCGGUACAAACCUGAUGUGGACAGACAGCUGGACCUAAUGGAACAAGAUCUGGAGGAAAUCGUCAACCUUACCAGAGGAGCACAGGACAAAGUGAUCUACCUGAAAGACUCAGACACACAAGCUCAAAAGCAAUCACCAGAUACAUACAUCAAAAAAUCCUCAAGCAUGCUGGAUGAUGUACUACGGUUUGAGAAGAGCAUUGUCGCUCAGGAGGAUCAAAUAUAUCAACUGCAGUCGACCCUCCAAGCUAAUGAGAAUAAAAUGGUCGAUCUAAAGCAGAUGUCUCUCCAGCUGGACCAGAUGUGCAAAGAGCCCUGCAAAGACACCGUAGAAAUUCAGACAAUAACAGGCAAAGACUGUCAGGACAUCGCAAACAAAGGCGGUAAGGUUAGUGGACUCUACUACGUGAAACCAGCCAGAGCUCAAGAACCAUUCCUGGUCUACUGUGAGAUAGACAGCUUUGGAAGAGGAUGGACUGUCCUUCAGAGGAGACGUGACGGGAGCGUUGACUUUAACAAAAACUGGAUUCAGUAUAAGGAAGGCUUUGGGUACCUUUCGCCAGAUGACAGAACAGAGUUCUGGCUGGGCAAUGAGAAGAUGCAUCUUUUGUCAGUUCAGUCUAGUGUGCCUUACGUCCUAAGGAUAGAAAUGGUCGAUUGGGAAGGCAACAAAAAGUAUGCUGAUUAUGCCACAUUCAAAAUUGGACCAGAAAUCGAUGCAUACCGUUUGACAUAUGCUUAUUACUUUGGUGGAGAUGCUGGGGAUGCUUUCGACGGCUUUGACUUCGGGGAUGACCCCAGUGACAAAUUCUACACGUCUCACAAUGGCAUGCAGUUCAGUUCACCUGAUAAAGACAAUGACAAGUUUCAAGAAAACUGUGCCUUGCAGGAGGGGUCUGGUUGGUGGAUGAACCGUUGCCACGCUGCUCAUCUCAAUGGAAAAUACUACACAGGUGGCAAGUACACAGAGAAGGACAGUCAGAAUGGACAUGAUAACGGCAUUAUUUGGGCCACAUGGCACAGUCGCUGGUAUUCUCUGAAGGAGACCACCAUGAAGAUCAUUCCCAUAAACAGAAUUGGUGCCGGAGGCCAGCAGAGUGGUGUCAAGCAGUUUGGAGACAUUUAAAGACCUUACCAUUGCAUUUUGCUUUUGCAAAUCUAAUUUUGAAAUACAGGAAUGACAUGACAUGAAGUUUCAAGUGAGUGUGGACAUCUGUCUGUUGUAAUCAGAUUUUUCUUUUAUGUUAUUUGUAUCACGAUAUCCUAGAUCUAAUUGUUUUCUAUAUGGAAAAUUCAUACAUACACCGUGUUUAUAAAUUUCAACUUGUUUGAAUUGCAACUCGUCUAAGGCACUGCACCUGACAAUAAAUUAAUAAAUGUUUCCACUUUUUUAAAAUCAAA